GACAAAUUUGUUCGCUGCCAGCCACAUCUCUGCAUGCGGCUGUCGUUGCUCGGGCUUGGCGCAUUUACAGCGACCUCCUCUCACGUCGCAGCCUUCUCAGCAGCGCGCAAACUGCAGUCAUUACGCAGACAGACGACUCGACGCACAGCACCACUGCACAAAAAAUUCACAGCACUAACCAUGUCCAGCAACCCGUCGGCCCUCUACACGCCCCAGGACAUAAAGGGCUGGACCGCGUUGGUAACGGGAGCGUCGAGCGGAUUCGGCAAGGCCCUGUGUGGAAAUCAACCACUGCGUCGGGUGCGCUGCCGUGCUGGCUCCGUCGAGCGGUGAGGAACCGGCACUGCCACGCCAUCGAGCAGGCGUCGCGUCGAUGGCGUGGAGGUCGACGCGAAGAUUUGGCACGGACGCGCCGUGAAUUUUGAUUUCCACACAGGCAAGGCCACCGCGUGGCGCUUCGCCGAGCUCGGCUGCAAAUUGAUCAUAGUGGCGCGCCGCGGCGACCGCUUGGAAGCUUUAGCUAGUGAACUGAAAGCUAAAUACGGCACAGAAGUUUUCUGCCUCGUGCUGGACAUGAUGGACAUCGAAAAAGUCGAAAGGAUGGACCAAUUGCUUCCCGAGCAGUUCCGGAACGUGGACAUCCUGGUCAACAACGCGGGCCUAGCUCUAGGCAAGAACAGCGUCGAGGAAAACGUGACGUCCGACAUCGUGCGGAUGAUGACGACGAACGUGACCGCGCUGAUAAUAGCUACUACAUUAUUCACGAAGGGCAUGAAACAGAGAGGAAGGGGCCACGUCAUCAAUGUUGGUAGUAUUGCGGGCCACUACGCGUAUGGUGGUGGGAGUGGCUACUGUGCCUCCAAGUCAGCCGUCACGGCGUUCACGUCCGCAGCAAGGCACGACCUCGUCGGCACGCCUAUUCGGGUCACCUGUAUUUCUCCAGGAUUCGCGGAAACUGAAUUUAGCUUAGUACGGUUCGAAGCCUCGGACAACGCGGCGGCCAAGGCCAAGAGUGUGUAUGAUAAUUUGGUACCUAUGGUCGCGGACGACAUCGCCGAUCAAAUUAUCUAUGCGGCGACGCGCCCAGCACACGUACAGAUCCAGGACAUCAUUGCGUGGCCGACGAACCAGGCGGGGCCGACGAAUAUCGCGCGCGUCGGGCCGUCGCUCGGCGCGCCCUGA